AUGGAAUCGUCUCCGGCGAGUACCUCCGGGCGCGGGUACCCAUACUCCGUCAACUCCUCGCCUCGAUCCCGAGGCGGCGACUCGUGGCGUGUCAUGUGCAGCUACGGCGGCCGCAUCCUCCCCCGCCCCACCGACAAGUCUCUCUGUUACCUAGGCGGCCAGACGCGCAUGGUCGUCAUCGACCGUCGCGCCACUCUCGCUGACCUGUCCGCCAAGCUCUCGCGCGACCUACUGGGCGGCGCCACCCCCUUCACCCUCAAGUACCAGCUUCCCAACGAGGACCUCGAUUGCCUCAUCUCCGUCGCCGCUGACGAGGACCUCGAGAAUAUGAUUGACGAGCUCGAUCGCAUCGCUGCCGCCCCGGCCUCUUCUGGAAGCGGCAGCGGGUCGAGGCGCUCCGCCGGCCUUCGUCUUUUCCUCUUCCCCGCGAAGUUGGAUUCGACGCCUUCUUCCGCCAUUGGGUCGCUGAUCGACGCGUCUAAGUCGGGGACUUUGUUCGUUGAUUCUCUCAAUUGCGCGAUUAGCGGCAUGGGCGUGGAGGAAAUCCCUCGAGGUUCGACCGAUUCCGCCUCGAUCAACUGCCUUCUUGGCCUCGACGAUGGUUCCUCCACCCACAUGCCCGGUGUCGGUGGACAAUCGGAAGCCGAACGGCGCAUCCUCCUUCGCCCCGAUUCCUCCAGUGGGCUCGGACGCCAUGGCCAGGAAGUCCAAUCCGUCCCUGGUUCGCCCAUGCUUGAUAAAGCUUCUUCCUUCGGAUCUACCUCGUCUACUCCACUCUCCAAUCUCCCACCCAUCCCCGUCCCUACCAUCGAUCGGACUACUGAGCGCCAAGAUCAUCAGUUCUCCCACAUCAACCGAUCACCGGACUACGCCUCCAAGCAAAGGGUCGAAGAGGGUUUCAAAGACGCAGACCAUGCUGCUCAUCCCCCGCCACCCUCCGCCCCUCCCUUUCCCGAUCGUCUCUGCUUCUUCUCCUAA